CAAAUGUUAAUACUCGGGGGAUGUCCUUGGUAUCAAUAGUCCGUCCAUGCAAACUUACAGUCCAGCCAUGGGACCGGUGCACAGGCAAAUGUGCACCGAAGUGGUUUCUAGCUGUUUUAGUCUGUUUCAAAUACUAUUCUCCGAAUGUUGGCUCUGUGUUGUCUUGUGCGCUUGGACCUGGAAGCCGUUCGGAUGGAUCAGUCUGCUCAAAAGUUCCGAUUCCUCUGGAAUUCAUCGCAUUCUCUGUGCCGACAUCCGGAGUGGCUUGUGGUGCAGAGGGUUUAUAUAUGACCAUCUCUUAACAUUCUCCUUCACGCUGCCUUCCCUACUCCGGUUGCAGUUAUUUCACAUAAGAUACUCUUGCUGGUGUCACGAACACUUUGCGAGUCUAUUGCAGACACUCCAACGCGCGUCUGGCACGAAGCUUCAUCCGAGUAUGGAAAGCUUGCAUGCUGUUCGUGGUACUUCCAAGCCUUUGUUAUUGGAGAGUCCUUGCGAGGGACCUUUCAUAUGAAGCUUGAAGACUCCCGGGCCGGUGGUUGAAGAGUAAUAGUGGUUGUGGACGGUGUGGUGAUUAGGAGCAAGAUCGCCCCAGGUCUGUCGAUGAUUGUCUCCUACUUCCUGCUCCUGACAAGCCUGGUCGCUCUCUCACCCCAACAUCUGACUGGCUCGUUUCUAUCACACUUCGGAGUCGCCAAAUUGAUCGAUGUCAGUGGACAGGCCUGGUAUUCCAGUCUGCACAGAGAGAUAACGUCAUUGAUGACGAUUCCCCAUUCAUUAACCGUCCGUCCAUGAAACCCGAGUUGCAAUGUAGGAUGUCAAGGCUGUGCACCUACUUCACGAUCCAG